AUGCAUUACGCUUCGCAAAUACAACUAUACUGCGUCGCACUCUUGUGCGCGAUAAAUGGUGGAAGAGCAGCAAGAAGUGCAGUCAGUCCGGAUAUCCUAGCAAACUUCGCUAAGAAUGUUGCUUCAGUGUUAUCGCCGGCCAUCCUGGGCGAGGUGCAAACUCGCAACAAUCGAUCCUUUCAAUCCGAGAGGAUAUCUAAUCUAAAUGACGACUUGUAUUCACAUCCAGUCCUGAAUAACAUAGUUGAUAAAACGUCAAACGCAGUCUAUUACGAACCACGCUCUUAUCCUUACAAAGGACUCUACGAGGACUCUUCCGAAGAACGAUCUGAAUCGAACGAACGACUCGAUGGAUCCCUAGGAGGCAGUUCGGUUCCCUACCUACGCCAGGAACAGCCGAACUUUUACAAACCCUACGAUUUUCUAACAAACAAUGAUAAUCUUGAUGCGACUCCGAAAUCCCGCGUUAAUACCGACUCACCGACCGACGAAAUCCAGGACUCGGCUACCAAUCUAUAUCCUUCUUAUCACGGUGGUUUUCCGAAGGCAGCCUUUCCCCACGGGCCCUUUUUAGAUAAACCCUAUGAUGGCUUCCAUGGUUUCGGACCGUACGGACACCAUCAUCAUCAUUAUCAUCCGUAUGGAGGUGGGUCUUCGAAUGAUGCGAACUCGGAGAACAACGCGCGAGAGAACAACGGAACCAACCGAGCUUACGGUUCGCCCUACUUCGGCAACCCUUAUUCCCCAUUUCCCUAUGGAGGAUACGGUGACUUCUACGGACCCUAUCCGAGAAACGGAAAUAAUUCUUCUGAAAACGGACGCGAGCCUAAUUCCCCAUUUCCCUAUGGAGGAUACGGCGACUUCUACGGACCCUAUCCGAGAAACAGAAAUGAUUCUUCUGAAAACGGACGCAACAGACCUUACGGUUACGGGCCUUACAAUGACGGACCCGAUUUCUACGGACCGCCCGGUUAUGGUUAUGGUUACGGCAACAGUGGUAACAAUAAUGGCAAUACUAACAGUGAGAGACAAACCGAAGGUUCGGCUGAUAAUGACGAUCAGAAUAACUCGACAAAAAACGGGUACCCGCCUUAUGGACCCGGUUUAGUGAAGCCGUUGCUGGGGACGUUUCCCCUCCCUGGAUUCCCUUCCCCUUUCAAUCUUCUGCCCUACGACCACAUCCAUGGAGUGUUCAAAGGAGGUCCUGUGGUCGGGGUUGGCCCCGUUGGCUAUCCAGUAUAUGCCGAUCCGUAUCUAGUUGGAUUUCCACUCCAUCCUUACGGACCUUACUUUCACGGCGGUAAGAAAUACAUACCGCCGAAGAACAAACCUGACGAUUCAGGCGAGACAACGAUGGCACCAGCCGGAUUAACGGAAAAUGCGACUCCCGAGCGAAUCAUCGAGCCCAACGAGGAGGAGGUAGCGCCGGCUCCAAGUACGAAUCGCUUCAAGACAUCGGGACAAAAAGAACUGAUGCAGUUCCUGAUUGAUUUCCGGAACCGAAAAGUCUAAUCCUCUGAAAUAUUAUCAACAAACUUAACGAAGGAAAGCAAAGUUAAAACUACAAUGUAUUGUAAUAAAGAAUAUAAAGAAAAUAUGACGUGAUAUUAGAAAUUUGUCAAAGUAUUAUCUUUUAUUUAAAAAUAAUCUUUUCAGGGAAUAUUCUGUUUCAAAAUAAUCAAUUGGUGGAAAUGUCAGUAAUUUUAAGUGCGAACGAAAACUUUAGGGCUCACGGAUGAAGAUUUGCAAGGAAAAUGUAAAGUUGACAAUGUAUUUAUAAAUUAGGAACAGCUUAUGUAGGAACAUAUUCAGUCUUUUAAAUGUUAAGUAAUGUUAUUUAGAUGCUGACUGUUAUUAUUUAUGUAUCCCAUUAAAAAUAAAUUAUGCUACUGAUAAUAUA